UUUUGUUUACCUAUUGUAGGCAAGGGGAUGGUCAGAGUUUGGAGGCUUUGAGUUGGCUUUUUGACCUCCACAAUUCUCAAAAAUUUUGCCGGGCGCUAACACCCCUUAGAAUCGCCUUUGGAGGAGGAUGGUGGAAUUUUGUGAAGGAUGGUAUAGUGGGUGAAAUAAAAAAAUACACGUUUGGAUUUUGCAAAGCCAUUGGAUUUGCUUUAAAAGAAUUUUCCUCUAACAAAAUUCUGAAAUUUUUAAAACACCAAAAAUGUCAACUUGUUAAAAAUUUUUUGUUUUUAGUUUCUCGGUGAAGGAAUGGUCAAAAAUCGUGGAUUGGCUUGUAAAUUUAUUGUUUCUCGAUUUCCAAUUGACGAACCUGUGACGGAAAGAACCAUCCCUCAGGCUAUUUUUGAUUCGGAACCAAACAUUAGAAGCAGAUUUUUGAGGCGUUGGACAAAAUGCACACAUUUGGAUUUUGCUGAUGAAAAUGUUUUUAGAGAGUUAAUAGAUUGGCAAUAUUAUAUUGAACGUCUCAACAGUUGUAUUCAAAAAAUUGUAACGAUUCCAGCAGCUUUACAAGGAUUGCCUAAUCCAGUACCUAAAGUUCCACAUCCACAAUGGUUAGAAAAUAAAAGGAAAGAACGUGUUGAAAUGCAUAUACAACCUAGAAUAACUGAUUUAUUUAAGUCAAUUCCUACAAAUACACCAAGAAGCAAUAAAACAAAAUCUCUUCAAUCAACACCUUGGUCCCUAAAAAUUAAAAAAUCAACCACAACAACAAAUAUUGAACAAAGUCGAAAAUCACUUUUUGGAAAAGAAAAGGAGAAUAAGGAGGAUGAUAAAUUGUUACAAAUUUUGAAUGAUGUUGAUGAUGAUAUUGAAAAUCAGCCAUCUACAAAUACUUCUUUAAUUGAAAAGCAACAAGUUUCUACUACAACAAUAAUUCAACAAAAUGAAGAAAUUAUUGAAAUUGAUGAAGAAGAGAUUAAUAUUGUGGAAAUAACUCAACAACAAAAACCAAAAACUAAAAAUAUUAAAAAACCAGAAAAAUCAAAAAUUGUAAAACAACGGGAAGCUAAACGUUUAGCAAUUUCACAACAUUUUUUCAGACGCUUAAAUAGAGCUGAUUAUGAUUUGAAUAAACAAAGUCUGGUUAAAAAGACUUGGAAAGAAAAUGGGUUUAGUCAAUGGUUAAAUUAUCUCAAAGACUUGUGGCGUUUUCAAUAUUUGGCAAGAAAAAGAGAGGAAGAAACUUUGGAAGUAGACAAUUCACUUGCAAAUAUCCCUUCAACAAGUACAGCAAUAUUGGGAGGAGGACCAGUAGUUAAACGAAAACAUUGUUGGCAAAUUAUUCAGAUUUUAGAAACCAAAUUUCCUGGCCAAUUUACUCUAUUUGCUUUAGUCGAUGAUAUAAUCAGACGAAUUAAUUUAAUAGUUCCUCGAACAGUUUAUGUCGACGAUAUUGAAAUUAGACAAAAUUCAAUAGGCCAAUUGGUACAAAAAUUGUUACCACGACAAAGACCGUCAGCUAAUUUAUAUGAAUUUUGUAUUGAUGAAGCUGUUUUUUCUACUAAAAUGAUGUUUGUUUUAAUUUCAUUUUUUAAUUUUGAGGGGGAAAAAGGUGACAUUUGA